GAGGGACAGUUUAGUAAUAGCUUUUGACAAAACACAUGUGAACGCGAUCUCCACGAAGCGGGAACGAUUCUGCAUUGUUUGUUCUUAUUUCAUCGAUCAGAUCUAAGCUGUGAAAAUGGCGUAUAAAGGGCAGAAGGUCCAGAAAGUGAUGGUCCAACCGAUUAAUUUGAUUUUCAGAUAUCUUCAGAAUAGGUCAAGAGUUCAGAUCUGGCUGUACGACCAAUCAAAUCUCAGGAUCGAAGGGCAUAUCAUUGGUUUUGAUGAAUACAUGAAUGUAGUACUAGACGAUGCUGAGGAGUACCACAAGAAGAACAAGACAAGAAAACCACUCGGACGGAUAUUACUGAAGGGGGACAACAUCACAUUGAUUCAGAACGUCCAGCAGGCUGCAUAGAAGUACCUCAACAGUGUCACCUUGUAUAUUAUACCAGUAUGGAACGGAUCAUUCCAGUCCAGUCUUGUAACUUCAACAUUUAUUGAUGAACCAGGGCCCCGCCUUACAAGGAGUUUUCAUUGAUCCAAUCAACCAAAACUAUGGAAAGCCAGCGAUGCCAAAAUCUCACAAGCAUGUUUGUUUAAAGUGUUUUUUUUUAGAUAUGAUGUAUACUCAUACAUUCAUUGUUCAGAUGAUUCAGUGUGCUUCUCUUCGUUUGCAAAUGACAGUCUUCAAAUUUCCUGUAGGUAAAAAAAUUAUGACAAUGAUGGAUUUCCAUAUAGUUGAGGUUGAUUUGAUCAAUCAUGACUCUUUGUAAGACGGGACCCAGAAGUUAGCAGUCCACUUCUUAUUGCUGCCUCCAGGAAAGGGCCAUGUGAGACCGCAUCUAGGCCAUUGUUCCCGCGCCGCUUCUUGCAGCUAAUCGCUCCCCGAGUGUUGAUUGUAUGUAACGGUUUAACUGGAAUAGACUGCUUGAUUCAAACUCUCUUUAUACCAACACCAUAACAUGCUUGAAAUCACCACCCAUCAUAUUUGGCAAAUUCUCAUCCCUUUUUGUCCCAUUUAACAGCAGACACUCUCUGCUUUACCUAUUUAGUAUCCCAAGUCCUUUGGAAGCACAUAGGGACGAGGAGCGUGAUAUCAUAAUGUGAUGUGCGCUAUAUGAGAACUAAGUUCUUAUCAUUAUUUCAUCAAAAUGAUACCUCGGUCACAUUUAAUCUACGGCAGCUGUACAGCGAGACGAAAACAGCUGUUUUAACAUUUUUUGUACCAGCUAUACAUAGGUGGUUUGAAUAAAAAUGAACAAAACUGCUGUUUUUUACUCGCCGUACGGCCGCCGUAGAGCAAAUGUGACCGAGGUAUUAGGGAGUGUUUUUUUGUAGUUUGAAAAUUUCUGGGGCCUGUAGCACCAAGUGUAGCGAUUGAUCGCAGGGUUGAUUUUAAAAUUGAUUGCAUUGGUUAUUAUGUACAAUCAAUCAUACAAAUUAACUCUACAAUCAAUCACUAAGUGUUGUGUUACAGUCCCCCUAUGUGUAUUUCAAUUGGGAGAUGAUAUUAAACUGUUAAUUAUCUUUUCAAUGGGUUUCCAACAAGACAAUGUAGAUAUAUCACUCAUGGUGUUAAUUAUUCAAGGAUCAUGUUGAUAUUGUGUAAAUGUCAGUAGAGUUUUAACCUCAUCUUUUCAAUUUGUAUGUUUUUUUUUCGGAGGGGGGGGGGCUUCCUGAUAUGCGCUCGUUGAUAUGAAAUGCACAAGAACCAUCAAUGUUUCUUAGGUUUAGCUUCUUUUAAUAUUUUGUAUGUUUUUCUAUUUGUAUGGUUCAACAAAUAAACAUGGAGAAUGUUGAAGUAAUGUACAAUCAAUGACGACUUAAUUUACCAGAAAAAAGGGAAAGUAAACAUUCUAUCCUCAGUUUCAUUGUACAUAUACGUUUGGUUUUCUCAUGCUAAGGCAAGAAAAGUUGUACUAAGUGUCAAUGCACUUGCUCCAAUAAUAUAGAAAUAAUAUCUUUUCACUAAAAAAUUAUGACAUCAAGACAUAUUUUUAGCAUGGAAACUUGUAAAAACAUGGUUUGAAUUUAAUAAAACAGUUUAAGUUUGUAAACAAAGAAAA